UUUCGCAAGAAAUGAAAAUGAAAAUUUAUGUUGAGGACACAUAAUUGCACGCAAUAGAGUUGAAUCGACACAGUUAUCUUACAAUUUUGGAUUUGUAAUAUCUUCUUUUAUAAUUACAUAAACAAACUAUUUAUCAAAACGUGGCAGUAUAUCAUACCAUAAGGACAAAAAUAUAUUUAUCGGAUCAAAUGACGAGUUUUCCUAACGUCACGCGACGGAGAUAUGCGCGUCAAGAGGCCGCAGGAAGAUGAAUAUAUUGAAAUGUUGAAUGGAAAGUAGUCAUGAGCUGAUUAAACAAAAUGAAGAAAUCACAUAAUUUCUCUGUGGAUGUUAACUCUACAGAUUACCUCGACCUCACGAGGCGACUGUAUAGAGGUGUAACAGAUAUAGCUAAAAAACUCGAUGAUCAUAGAGCUGCAGCAGUAACAAUACAAGAUCUUUUUACGGCGUCAGAAGAAAUUUUACGGACUAAACUUAAGGAUUAUUGUGAAAGAUUAAUCUUUCAUGAUCCUGUUGGUCAUGCUAAAAAAAUUGAAGAAUUGCUAUGGAGAAGAGCCUUUUAUGAUGUUGUAUCAACAGCUAAAAAACUCAGACAAGGAAAUGUUUGGAACGAAGUGGAAAAAGCUUUGCUUUCUACUCACUUAUCAGUAGGUGUGGGAUUUUACCAUCAUUUAAUUCUAAAAUUACAAUUAGAAUGUAAUCUGGAUAUAGUAAGUGUGGAUUUGAUAUCUUCUCGUCACGAUGCUUGUCUAUUAGACAACGAUAACGAGUGUGUGUCAUUGAAGUUCCAAUCAAAAGAAGCGCAGCAGUGUGUGAUCCGUUUGAUCCAUCGAAGUCUCAUUUGUCUGGGUGAUUUAACUCGAUACAAGAUAGAUCUAGAUCCUAAUUGGGAUCCUAUGAUAGCUAUGAGAUAUUACAAAAUGGCUAUAGGGAUUGACCCAAACAUUGGUAUGCCACACAAUCAAUUGGGUACAAUCUCUGGGAAUAAAAAUUACGGUGUAGACGCAGUAUAUUACUACAUGAGAUGUAUUUUAUGUCCGGAAUCAUUUGAUGGAGCAGAAGGUAAUCUUCAACGGAUUAUAUCAGCUCACUUAUUUACUGGAAAAGAAAAAUUGCCAUCUCAACGUUGCGCAGCAAAAUUAUUUUCAUUAUUCCAAAAAUGGAACAAUGAUUUAUCUAAUAGCAAUCGAGUCAAUGAAGAUUGCGAAGAUUUAUUGAUGGAUAUUAAAAAUUGUUUAAAUACGGAGAAAAUCGAGGAAAAUAAACCAACUCUUGAUAAAUUAUUGCAACAUUGCAAGUUAGAACAGAAUUCUUAUCUAUCUGAUGAUGUUGUUUUUAAAAUGAUAGCGAUUUGUUUGAUGUCAAUUUUAAAAUUGCGUGAAAAAGAAUCUUCGCAAGUUCAUGCUGUUAUUGCUUUUAUUCUUUCACUUCUUUCUCAAUUGAUUCAAGUUGUAAUUGAUAAUCUUCAAGAAUUCAUGAUUAAUCUACCACAUCUCAAUGGUCAAAAUAAUGGAGAACAUGACUACAAUAAUGGUUUGAUAAAUGAAGAGGAUAAUGUAGAGGCAGAAAGUGCAUUGGUAUGUAAAGAUAAUAACACACCGAAUGACGCUACUUCGCAAAAUGGAGAAAAUUGUGUUGACGUCAAUGAAAAUACAAAAAAAGUCAAUGGUACAGAGUCCAAUAUUCAAAAUGGACAUUCAACCAAUGGAGAUAUGAAAAAGCCCAGAUCAAAACCUAAAAAAAAUUUACUGAGUAAAUUAAGACGACCUAGAAAGUAUGUAAACUCUUCAGAUUCUGAUGCAAGUGAUUUUGAUGGUCCUUAUUUAGAUACUUCAGGCGAAGAAAUGAAUUCUGAUCUAUCAGAUACGGAUGAUGAAGAUGGACUCAGUGAUUGUAUUUUAUCAGAUAAUUUAACAGAUGAUGACGUUCAUGAAGAAGAGGAAGAAAAUUCAGAUGCUGAAGUUGGAGUAGAAUUAAAUGGAGCAAUUAAAGCAAUUGAACCUCAAGAAUCCCAAAAAGAUGAAGUAAAAGAUGAUGUUAAUGUUAGCGAAUCUAUUAGUGCUGUUUCAGUAAGAAAAUACGAUUCCGGAAUUUCAAUUGAGCAACAUAGUAAGUCUAACACAACUGUAGACCAAAUGGUUAUCCUUAAAAAGCAAACAUUAAAUUCAGAAGAUUUAUUAAAAGUUUUAUCGAAAAAAGAAUUACUUUAUUCUAUAAAGAUUUGCUUCGAUUGGCUCAGAGGGAAUCCAGAUAUCAUCAAAAUGGUCGCUAAAAGUUCAAGAAUGUUAUUACAUCGAAUUUCAAUUUUGUUAAAUUUAAUUAAUGUUGACACAGAAGCUCUUCUAAAAACAUGGGAUGGUGAAUCAAUAUUUUUAACUAAUAGUAGCAAGCUAAAUGAAUACGUUAAUAUCGUGCCGUUGCGAGAAGAUAACGAAAUGAGAGGUUUACAAAUUUUACAAACAGCACAUCAGGAUCUUAAUUGGCAUAUAUUGCGAAAAUAUACGAUGCGGAAACGAGAAGAAACAUUGUUGAGAAUUUUGAAGUUAAAUACUUUUGGAAAAUAUUUAUGCAGUAUUGAAGAAGUGGGGAUGAAGUUUGAUGAAGAUCAGAAUAUUUUUCUUAUGACUGAUCCAAAACCAAUAGAAACAUCAAGAAUAGAACAAAUGAAUGAUGAAAAUAAAAUGAAUCCAGAACAAGUUCGGGGUAAAUUAAUGCGUCAUAUGGGGAGAUUAUGGUUGAAAGCAGAAGUUAGUGCACUUGAGAACCGAUUAAGAUCGAAACUUAUGUCCCCUUAUCUGGUUCCGGAUCAUGAAGCAUUAACUAAAUAUACGCCAGUUCUUAAACGUUUAGUUUUUGCAAAGAAAUUUAUUGUCAUUAUACCUUCAGUUGUUGUAUCAGCAUUGGAUGAAAUGAAAAAAACUAGUGGCCGAGCCCGUGAAGCUAUAAGAUGGUUGGAGAAUCAACUACAAAAAGGGUCACGUUUCUUAAGAGCUCAAAGACCACAUGAACGUACAGCCCUUCCAUAUAUCAAAGGACCUAGACCUAAAGACAAAGAAGCUUGGGUAUUCUUUCAAAUUGUCGAAUGCUGCUACUACUUUACUCAACAAAAUAAGGUUGGCUUGAACAAUGAAUCGCCAGUUGUCACUCUGCUAACUGGUACAAGUCCAGCUGAAAGAAAAAUGUCGACUUUCAAUGCUGAUGGUUUAAUAAAAACUGCAGGAGUAAAUCUGGAGCAUAUUCAAUCAUUUUAUAUGAAAUGGAAAACAUCGAGUAAAAGUCACGGUUGAAGAUCAGUAUCCAAAUAAACUUGUGUUUCGACUAUUGUUGACUUGCGUCAAUAGAAUAUAACACCUUACACUGGAAGCCAUCGUUUAUCACCAUAAAAACCUGAUGGACACCCAUUAAAUUAGCGGGUUGGAAACCCGAGAACCAAAAAAAAAAA